AAGCCUUGCUUCCAUCAGGGUAUUACGUCUGGAUGUGUCAGAGGGAGUCAGGGCGAGUCUUGACUGCAGGCAUCGUCAUUGCAACCAGGAUGCGCAUCAGUGUGACAAGAAGCCUUCAUCUUGUAACUAAAGAUAUAUCACAAUCAAGCACCUGAAAAGACAGAGCAACAAAGCACAAACCAGUUUUAAUCUCUGAGUCUGCUCCUCAAGCUCUUUCCUCUAAAUCCAUCCUCUGCGCUGACUCGAGCCCGCCAUGUCUGGGAAGGAGCGCAGCCCCCGCCAUCGGCCGUGGUCGGUCUACCGGGCCAACACCUUUGAUCUUUCUGCUGAAAUGAUGGGGCUUGCUCUCUCAGGCAACAGUCAAGAUCCAGAUGAACCAGUUCUGGAGUUCAGUGUGGCCUGCAGUGAGCUGGUUACACCCUCUGUGGACCGCAAGCCAACCAGCUUUGUGGCCGUCAGCUGCACCACUCCACCACAGGCCUUCUGGACUAAACACGCUCAAACUGAAAUCAUAGAGGGCACCAGUAAUCCCAUCUACCUGAGCAGCAUAGCGUUCUUUCAGGACUCUCUCAUCACUCAGCAGACUCAGGUCAAACUCUCCGUCUAUGAUGUAAAGGACCGAUCACAGGGCACGAUGUACAUGCUUGGUUCAUCCAUGUUUUCUGUAAAGGAGUUGCUGCAGGACAAACACCACAGGCUGCACUUGACUCUAAGGUCAGCAGAGAAUGAGCGUGUGGGCAACAUCACCGUCAUCGCCUGGCAGAUAGAGGAGAAGCGUGAACAGAGGGCACCAGUUGCAAGAUUACAAAGGGGGGACACGGUCAAUGGAAGGAUGGUUCUCCCUGUCGACGAAAGCUUGACUGGAUCCACGAGUAUCAAAUCCAAGUCUUCGUCUUUAUGUAAAGAUCCGAUGCUAAAAGCAGUUUUUGGAGACGUCAUGUCACGCACUUAUCGUUUCCCAACUACGGAUGGAAACCAUCUGCGCGUCCUGGAGCAGAUGGCCGAAAGCGUCCUCUCCUUGCAAAUUCCUCGACAGUUUGUGAAAUUGCUUCUGGAGGAGGAUGCUGUGAGGGUGUGUGAGCUGGAGGAGCUGGGUGAGCUCGCUCCAUGUCGGGAGAAUCUCAGGAGGCAGAUCAUCACUCAGUAUCAGACCAUCAUCCUUACAUACCAGGAGACCAUAAGUGACCUGCAUGAAUACAAAGGACCUUCAUUUAAGCCCAGCACCUUAAAAGCUGAGAGGAAGUUGGAAUUCAUUCCCACCAACCUUCACGUCCAGAGGAUGAGAGUACAAGGAGAGACGGGUUAUGAUUGGACGUACGACGUUGUGACCAUAGGGGCUCCUGCAGCACAUCAUCAGGGCUUUAAAGGCUGUGGUCUUAGAAAACUGCUACACAAGCUUGAAGAAGCCAGGAAACACACUUAUGAGGAAGAGAGUUCUGCUGGCUUUGGUUCCAAAGGAAUGACCUACCAGCCUCAGGAUGUUGUUAAAGCAAAGGAGCUGAUUGCUCAAAUUAACACGCUGAAGACGCAAGUGUGUUACUACACCGAACGUCUGUCCAGAGCUGCCAAGGAACGCUCAGCCAACGCUCUAGAGAGAACUCUGGCCAUCUUAAUAGAGAAGACCCGUCAGUUGGUGACAGUGUGCGACUCCAAGCUGCUCUCAUCAGCCAUUGUGGCCCUUGCCGCCGCCCGCCCCCAAUUCUCUCAGCAAAGCACUCCGUCUCCAUCCUCCUCUUCCCUCUCACCUUCUUCUCGCUCUCCAUCCUGUUCCCCCUCUCGCCACCCCACCUCACCUUCCCGCCCUGCCACCUCUCCAUCAAGGCAUGUAACUCUACCAGAGGGCAGUGAAGAGAGCAAAAGCAAGCGUGCCUCAACGCAGUCGGACUAUCACGAGGAAGAGUGGGAGAAGGUUUGGUUGAAUGUUGAUAAAAACCUUGAGUGCGUGAUCCAGACGGUGGACCGGCUCCUACAAAGAGACAAACUCCAAAGCGACAGCAGCUCUGAGGACGUCUUUCUGCUCGCCAAUGAGGUGCCGAGUAACACCAAGAAAGAAAGCAGUCUAGAAGUUGACAAGAAAUCUCCUGGUGAAUGGAACGAAGUGCUGUAUCCCCUUCUAACCACCCUGACAGAAUGUGUGUCUCUGAUGAGCGACAAAGCAAAAAAAGCCUUGGUGUUUCUGCUGAUGCAGGACAGCGCCCCCACAAUCGCCAUGAGCCUCACUAUGCAGUAUCGCCGAGACGUUGUUUUUUGCCAGACGCUGACGGCGCUGAUCAGUGGCUUCGUUCUCAAGCUGAGGAACUGUCUCUGCGACUCGGGCUUUCUGCGGCAGCUGCACACCAUUGGCUUAUUGGUUCAGUAUGAGAGCCUCCUCAGCACCUACGGGGAGGAGUUGGCCAUGUUGGAGGACAUGAGUGUCGGCGUAAUGGACCUGAGAAAUGUCACCUUUAAGGUUACCCAGGCAACCUCUGGUUUCAGCCCUGACAUGCUGCCGUUGAUCACAGGAAACAGGACUGGAUUCAACGUCAGGGUUCCCAUGCCAGGCGUGAUGUUCGACACACUGCCAAGAGAGAUCCAGAAUGGGAUGCUGCUUCGGGUGCAGCCCGUCCUGUUCAACGUGGGGAUCAACGAGCAGCAGACGUUGGCUGAGAAAUUUGGAGACACAUCUCUCCAAGAUGUCAUCAACAUGGAGAGCAUGACUCGUCUCAGUUCAUACUAUGAUCAGUUCAAAGAAGUCCUUCCAGAAGACUGUCUCCCUCGGUCCCGCAGCACCACCACCCUGCCUGACAUCCUCAAGCUGCUGAGUCAGAAUGUGAACACCAAGAAAAGCAAGAACGUAGAAAUUCUGUGGCAGGCAGCCGAGGCAUGUCGCCGGCUGAACGGAGUGCGUUUCACCAGCUGUAAAAGUGCCAAGGACCGCACAGCCAUGUCCCUGACCCUGGAGCAGUGUCAGAUCCUGCAGCAGGAGCACGCCAUGGCACCGCAGGUCUUCUACCAGGCCUUGGAUUGUAUGCGCAGUGAGGGUUGCAGGAGAGAGAACACCAUGAAGAAUGUGGGAUGUCGAAAAUAUGCCUUUAAUGCUCUUCAGCUCAAGGCCUUCCCAAAACAGUAUCGCCCCCCAGAGGGGACAUAUGGGAAAGUUGAGACCUAAAUGGACUCAUAUUUGCAUAUUUGAACCAAGAGACUGAAAUUAUAUAUAUAUAUAUAUACAUAUAUAUAUAUAUAUAUAUAUGACACAAAAAUACCAGACAAACUCCCACAACAUCCCCUGGUUUUGUGUUUAGUCCGUGCUAGGAUAAUCACUGUCCAAGUGCCAGUGCUGCUAGAUUGUUUCAAAGCUGUGAUUCCCCCCUCUCAGCUUUGCUAGAAUCACAAUUCACAGCCAAAAUUAGCUCAGAUUUAGCUUUCUGUGUCACAUUGUAGGCUGUGUGCAGACAGUGUCGUGGCUGCACCAGCUGUAGCAUCUGGAGGUUUGCAGCCAUGCUGGGUUAAAUAUAUUCUAAUUUCUAUCUGAGAACAUGUAAAAUAUAUCUAUAUGUGAGACAGAUUAUAGUACUGGAAAACAUAUUAACCACUUUACAGAUUUCUUCUGGGUUGUUUUUUUUUUUUUGUCUCACUUAAAAGUUUCAGAUCAUUAAAUACAUUUUAAUAAUAGACAGAGAUAAAUCGAGUAAAGACAAAACACAGUUUUGAAAAUUAUGAUUUCAUUUAUUAAGGGAAUAAAUUAAAUGUAGUUUGGGAAAAACAUGGAACAGUGGAGAAUCUUACCAAGGGUGGCAGCCACCUGAAAUGAUCCCAAAAGCACAUCUAUCAUUCAUCUUGGAGGUCACAAAAGAACCCAGAGCAACAUUUAAAGCACUGCAGAGCUCAGUUUCAAGGUCAAUGUUCGUGAUUCAACAAUAAGAAAGAAACUGGGCAAAAAUGGCAUUCAUUGGAAAGCUCCAAGGUGAAAACCAUUGCUGACCAAACAGUACACAGAGGCUUUUCCCAAAAAACAUAUUGAUGAUCCUCAAGACUUUUGGGAAAAUAUUCUGUUGACUGACUGGAUAAAAGUGGAACUUUUUGGAAGAUCCCCUUACAACUAGUGUAAACUAAUACAGCAUUUCAGAAAAAUAUCAUAACACCAGUCAAACAUAGUGGUGGUAAUGCGGUGAUCUGGGGUUGCUUUGAUGCUUCAGGACCUGGACAACUUGCUGCAACUGAUGGAACCAUGAAUUCUUCUCUCUAACAUAAAAUCCCAUAACAGAACAUCUUGCCAUCAGUUUGUGACUUUAAGCCCAAGCCCACUUAUGCAGGGGGACAAAGGUUUUAGAGUGGCCUAUUUAAAGUCCAGACCUAUAACCGAUUGAGAUCCUGUGUGUGACCUCAAAGUCAGAAAUGCCCCAAUGUGGCUGACAUAAAAACAAAUCUGCAAAGAAAAUGUGGCAAGAUAUGAUUUCCAAAGAAAUGUAAAGACUCAUUGCCACUUCAUGAAAAUGUUUAAUGGCAGUUAUUGCUGCCAAGGAUGGCACAUCCUUUACUACUGUAGGUUUAGAGGUAAAUAAUUUUUCACAUAGGGCCAGAUUGGUUUGAUGGUUUUUUUUUUCCUUAUUUGAUGAAAUAAAAUAAUUUAAAAACAGUUUUUUAUAAGUUGGGUGAUAUUAAAAUCUGUUUGAUAAUCUGCAAAAAAAAAAACCCAGAAUAAAUAAGGGGGGUAAAUACUUUUUCACUGCGCUGUAUAUGGCAUCUGUUUGUACUUGUCAACACUGUUAUUACUUGAUGUCGUCAUAAUAGCAGGUAUAGCAACUCAGUUGAUAUUUUUUUUUCUAUUUUCAACAUGCAUUAACAAAAGCCUUAUAUAGCUUAUUUAACUGUCACGGAGCUUUGUGAGCAACCUGCCGGACCUGCUGACUUGAUUCUUCAUAAGUAAAAAUAUCUGUUAUUGUGCAUAGCUGAUUUGUUUGAAAGAUUAAUCACCAACUGCAUAAAGUUAAUAGAGGCAUUUUGAAUAAGUUAUUUCAGUUUAUUUGCAUCUGUAGCAGUUUAAAAAAUAAACUCAACUAAAGAACCCAA